AUGAACUUACCACUUGAUUUCAUAGAUAGGAUCUGGGGAGUACAGAAAUUUCUAAUAGAAUUCUUAGACAGUAUAGAAUUAUUUUACAAAAAAAAUGAAUCCGAAAAAUUAUAAUUAAGUAUAAAAUAAUUAAAUUCAAUGAGUUUUAUGCAACACUUUGUUUCUCAUUAGGUUCCUGAAUGGUCGAAUGCCUAUUUGAAUUACCAAUUCUUAAAAGAAGUAUUAGACCCAUUUAAAAGAGUAACUAAUUCUCUGCCAAUCAUCAAUUUAACAAUUAAACUUAUCAAAGAUUAAAAUUUAGUUGCUAAUAUUCCAUAAGAAAUAUAAACUAAGUUAUAAAUCUUAGACGAAGAAUUUAUACAAUUGUUUUAAGACGAAACGAAUAAAUGCAAUUAAUUUUAUAUGAUUCAGGUUAAAAUAUUAUAGUAUCAAUACGAAACGAUGAUAGAUUCUGAAGAUGACCUAGGAAGAAUAAAAACCUUGGAAAUUCUCUAUAAAAAAGGGUAAUUGCUAAAAUCAUUCAAAAAUUCUAAUAUUGAAGCUUCCAAUCGAAUUUUAUCACUAUAUCACCAAUAUACAAGCUUUAUUGAUAAUUCAGAAAGUCACAUGAAUCAUUUCUUUAAGAAUUUAUAAUUUGUUAAUGAUACUUCUUUGAAUAAGAUAGUAAAGAAUAUUAAAGCAUUAUAUUUAAUAAAUGGAUGGGAUGGCAAUGAAUUAGCAAAGUUAAAACAAUCACAUGCAAUACAACAUAAACUCUAAUAUAUUGGAUUUCUUGGAGGGAUAAUA